GGAGCAGCUCGGAUUACACGAGAGCUUUUUCAAGCCGGCGCCGAGCACGGUCAGCACCAAAGACCCGUCAGUCACGGCUGCGCAGGCAGGAGGACUCACCUCCGGUAGCCCCACAAUUAGCUUGCCUAGCAUCGAGCAGGCCGCGCUAGGGGGAAGAACCUCCUCGGGCACCAGUGGCAAGAAUAACGCUAUUGCCAGCAUUGCUGAACAAGCCCCACCCCCAUACGAAAGUGAGGGUGAGAAACCAAGUCUUGGCAGCAAUUCCAGCGCUCAACCAGUGUCACUUGCGUUGCCCGAAGCCACCCUUCUACGGCAUCCAACCAAUCUUGCUGCUCGAGCAGUAUAGUAUCCUGAUAAUCUUCUUUCCAGAAGCGAUUGAAUUUUUCUUGUACUUCUAGUUUGUUCAGUUCCUUUUUCUCUUUCUUAACGUUCAUUACUCGUAAUGUUCACUGCCUUUCUGUUUCUCGAGCAGAAAGAAACUGCAUUUAUUUCAUGCACUUGUGAGCGAACAAAAAAAUCAAUACCAACCACAGCUAUCACGAAAAAACAGUCGAGAGAUAGUGGUUGGCGGAGGGGUUUUUUCUGGGUCGCGGAUGUAUCCAUCGCAGCCUCCCGGAGAGCAACAAGGAGAUGCCAUAAUAGCACUUGGGGCACUGCCUAGUAGUAGUAUCGGGAGGCCAAGUGCAUCAAAUAGUCCAGAUCAGUGGCCUGGAUAUUUCACAACGGAGAAGGAGACCGCUCCGUCGCCUGAUUCAUCGUUAGAAAAGUAUUCUUCUUCUUGUUCUUCUGUUGGCAGUGCCAGAGAUCUUGCAGCGUCACCGGGAGAGAGGCUAUUGCAAUUACGGAUUGAUUAUACGUCUUGAUAGCACGUAUUUUUUCUCUGAGGCAUUUUAGGCACAAAGUUUUAUUCCAGUGAAGUGUAAAGUGAUACAUGUGGAAAUGAAAUAUUGAAGCCUUGUUGGAGGUAUCCGUUUCUAAUACAAGACGCAGAAAUAAAAGCACGGAUGAAAAAUAGCUAUAGCGUAGAAGAAAAAGGAGGAGAGGAUUGCGAUGAAGGUGGGAUCGACGAGGUGGAUAAUGAGAAAGACGCUAUUGCCGCAGCAACGUGGCUUCGGGAGUUCUGCGAUGGCAGUGAUGGUUUCUGGUGUGUCCUGCUGUUCCAUGGCGCUUUUUGUGCGUCGAGGCGGCUUUUUGGUCAUGUGGACGUCGACUUCUUCGUGUCGUCGUAUCACUUGUCGCUCUUAGAUGCGGGCUACCUUGCCGGGCUCCAGUCCUCGGGUGCAAUCGUGAUGCCACUUGUUGUGGGUCUGAUAUUUCUGCGCCUGCAGGAAACAAUUUGGAGCGACGCCAGUCUGUCAACUUCAUCAAAGCACGGAGCUUCUUCGUCGCCACGGAGGCUUCUGGGUGCUCAAGAUGCGUUAGAAGGAGUUGCUGCAAGUAGGGAACUAAUGGGGAGAGAGGAGUAUGCAGACCAUAUGACUGGGUUUCUUCCGGGGUCGCUGGCACGCGUCUCGGUCAGCAGUGUGAAAAGUCUGUCAACACCAUUGCUUUCCCCUGCGGCUGGAUUUUUCAAAAGGUCAUCCCCGCCAAGCUUCCUCAACCAUGCCUCAGAGCAAGAUGGGCACCAGAGGAUAAGAUACUAUGCUAAGAAGCAUUCAAGUAUCUUUUGGAUUUGGUGUAGUAGUUCGUUGUAUUCUGGAGGGCGGCGCUGGGUAUGUCAAGAGAUUUGAUUUUUGUUGUAUUUCUCUGGAGUCCAUCUCAUCGAUCUGGUUGUUAGAGUAGAAAGCACGAAACAGCUUGAAUGACCCCAGCAUUCCCGAGAAAAGGACUUCUACAUCUAAGGAUAUCAAGAAGACCAGCAUGCGAAGCAGCAGGUUGUUGCGGGUCGGUUGAAGAUGCUGUCGUUGACAACGCUCAUUUUUUGCGCCAUUGCGAUGGCAAGUUGUUACCUCUUCUACGCGGCAAAUCUUCAUCCGGUUGAAGCACCAGUUUUCGUGCUCAUGCUAGUGUCGGGAAUCGAACCGACAAUCCUCAAAUCUCUUGUUUAUGCCUAAGGGUAAGGGAUUAUCGGAAAAAUAAGAACAGACCUCAUUUGUAAUUAAUAGAGUACAUCGACGUUAUUGUACUAGAAGUCCAUGUCUUUGAGAAACAAGGACAAGCACAAAACUAGGAGACGAGGACGGAACUAGAAAAACAAGAAAAGAACUAUUCUUGUUCUCGAACAUUAUCAACUUCAAGUUCAACGUCAACUUGAUGUUGAAGCAAUUCUAUUAUACUUUUUGACCUUGAUCAUACAUUUUCAAAAUCAAGACGAAGCUUACUGGGCUACAGAAAAUGCUGCAAUAGUGAACACGGUUGAGCGAAGGUAAAGAUAUGAAUGCAGACGAGCGCCACCAGCUGCAGCUGCAUUGGCGUUAUGAUUAGAGUAAUAGGUAGAAGUUACGACCUUCAUGUAAACCCGCUCACGACAGUGCACAUUGCGACUGCUUUCGGCUGUUUCGAAACCCUCGAAUGUCUGAUGAAAACUCUGGGCGGGCCUGCAGUUGGCAUUUUGAGAGACGAGGUUGGAAGUUACUCCAUCGAUAUCCUCAUUUUCGCAUGCAUAUUGUACGUGGCAGCCAUCGCUGGAACUUUCUACCUAUUUCGCUGGAUGAAGAAGAAAAGCAAGUAGGAAGACGAGCCAGCAAGUAGUAGAAAGGUCGUGGUGGAAUUUCGCUGACGGUAGAAGGAUUAAGCAACGACAGCUUUUGAAGUUUCACGGAUGCUAGAAACGCACAAGGUCAUAGCAUUCGUGCACAGACAUCUUGGCUGACGGUAUUGUGGGUCAUCAUAGAGUUGUAACUCGAGCAAAUACAACUUGAUGCGUGGUAACGAACUACUAGAUUUUCCCAUCGACUUCUUCUACGUGUGCUUCGACAACACGACGAUGAUGAACAUUCAUUUUUUAAUCAUGUUUGCAAUUUCUUUGAAGGAGCAAUAAUUUUUCUUUUCUUUCCGUACAUUGUUGCGGUUUCUUUUCUCGUUUUUGACGUUUGUGGACAAAGUUACGCACCCUUGCAUGGCGGCACAUGGAAGCUAAUCUACCUAUGCAUUGCUCUGCAUGGUGGAGCUGGUUGCAGCAGCUUGAUAUGUUCAUCUUCGAAUCUUAAUCUUCUUCACCCCGUCCCCGCCUCCAGAAGAAGUUGAGUGGUUUAUCACGCGUUUCUCAUAAAUCGAGUGUAGUUUGUUCCAUCGGAAGACUCACCGGCGAGUUGCAUUGAUGGUCUCAUAACGUUCCCUGCACAGCCACAGAUGCUUCAUUUCGUUCGACCGUGUAUGAUAUUUUCUAUAGACUCGAAUGAUAUUUUUAUUUCUUCAGGUGGACUCAACCCUAAUCUCUGUUCCGGCGGAGGACAGCGAAUCCAAAUAUACCAGUAAAGAAUCCGUCAAAAUCGAGAAAUCAUGAAGCAGACAGACUUGCGUCUUCUAAGAGUAGCGCCUGCUGCCCUCACGCUGCUCAAU